UCCGACUUUAAGUCGACCUCGCUGACAGCUCUCCCUCGGACUGGACCUCUGGACCCGCGCAGACCCUCUCGAGGGGACAUGUGGUCCCGCAUCGCAGCGGGUUCCGGUUCAGUUAGCGGACCGUCUCAGUAGCUCGUCCGCUCGCGGUGAUGUCCUCGUGGCGCAGGCUGCACGCGACGGUGCGCGCGGCUCGCGGACUCUUUGCCCCCAGACGACCCGAACAAGGAGCCGCAGAGUGGAGCCGGAGCCUGAGUACUGGCUCACCUCUCCGGAAUGACUUCUUCAAAGACCUGGAGACUCAGCUGGCGGCGAUGAGGAAGAAGGCGUCCGAUGCGCUGCCGGGGGGCAGCUGGACCCCCCUGCAGGAGAACCCGGACCUGGCGCCCGAGAGGGCCGACAUCGUGAUCGUGGGCGGCGGCGUGGUGGGCUGGUCCGUCGCCUACUGGCUCAAGCAGAAGGAGAGGGUGAGGGGGGGGGUCAAGGUGAUCGUGGUGGAGAAGGACCUCACGUACUCCCAGGCCUCCACGGUUCUGUCUGCUGGGGGGAUCCGGCAGCAGUUCUCUCUUCCUGAGAACAUCCACCUGUCUCUGGCCUCGGCGGACUUCAUGAGGAACAUCAACGAACAUCUCGGCGUGUUGAACGACGACCCGGUGGACCUCCAGUUCAACCAGUCGGGGUACCUCUUCCUGGCCAGUGAGAAGGUGGCUCACAUCAUGGAGGAGAACUACAGCACCCAGAGGGGCGCCGGAGCCAAAGUGUUGCUUCUCUCUCCGGCACAAGUGAAGCAGAAGUUCCCGUGGAUCAACACAGCCGGCGUGGCACUGGCUUCAUACGGGCUGGAGAACGAGGGCUCGUUCGACCCGUGGACUCUGCUGAACGCCUUCAGGAGGAAGGCCGUCUCCAUGGGGGUCAUUCAGUGCCGCGGAGAAGUCACAGAUUUUAACUACGUAACCAGCCGAGUUCUGUCCCCCGAUGGAAAGGAAAUGGAUCUCAGGAGGAUCAAAUCUGUGAAAGUGCAGAUGCCCAACAGUCUGGAGUACCAGCCGGUGGAAUGUGCCAUCGUGGUGAACGCAGCCGGAGCCUUUUCUGCUCGGCUGGUGGAGAAGCUGGGGAUCGGCUUCGGCCCCAAAGACUCGGUGGCCGGCGUGCCGCUGCCCGUCGAGCCGCGCAAAAGGUUUGUGUAUGUGUACCACUGCCCCGACGGCCCGGGCCUCGACACGCCCUUCGUGGUUGACUACUCCGGCAUCUACUUCAGGAGAGAAGGCUUGGGAGGGAACUACAUUGCGGGGGCGUCGCCAGAGGAGGGGGAGGAGCCAGACACCAGCAACCUGGAGGUGGACCACCAGUUCUUUGAGGACAAGAUCUGGCCCAGCUUGGCCUCCCGCGUUCCAGCCUUCGAGAAGCUGAAGGUGACGAGUGCGUGGGCCGGUUACUACGACUACAACACCUUCGACCAGAACGGCAUCAUCGGGAUGCACCCGCUGAUCAACAACAUGUACUUCGCCACCGGCUUCAGCGGCCACGGCCUGCAGCACGCGCCCGCCGUGGGCCGCUCCGUGGCCGAGCUGAUCCUGGACGGGAACUUCACCACGCUGAACCUGAGCAGCCUCGGCUUCCAGCGCAUCCUGGCCCGGGAGCCCAGGCUGGAGAGGAACAUCGUGUAGGAGCCGGUCUUUUUCUAGUGACAUUGAACGCACCGGAUGAAGAACUCUGACCUGUGGUGAUCGACUGGAUCAGUCUCUGGUUUCUCCGGUCUUGCUGGUGUGACUGGAACAAAACACGCUUAUCACUACUACACUACAUUACAUUUAGCUUGUAACCAAAAGGCUGUGUCCGGCUUCCUGUCCUCUUGACUUUAAACAUCUUGAGAAAGUGGCAAAUAAAAUGUAUGUUUUUAAAUAUUUGUGGUAUUAGUGAUAUUUAAUUAGCGCUGGCAGCCGGAACCAGACGACGGUGAAGAGAAAUGAAGCUAUUAGACCGUUGACAUGACGACACGUGCAAAUUAAUACAACAAGAAAACGUAUGAAACCCCAAGAAAAGACUAAAGUGAUGUAUAACUGCAUAGUAUCUUAAUUAUUAAAAAUAAAAGGGAUUUAAAUACACUUCAUGCAAUUGGCCUAAUUUAACAUAGUACAUGUCAUAUAAUUGGAAACAUUAAUGUGUGACCAUUACCGUGUACUCCUUUCUCUUUUUUAAUCUAUGAUAAUAAAAAUAAUUGUUUAAUUCUUUAA